UUAAAUAAAAGUAAUAAUUUUAUACAAUUUCAAACUUUUGUUACAAUAUCAUUACAAAUUAAAGGUUUGUAACCAUGUUGUACUAAAUGUAAAAAUUUGUGACCGUUUAUGAGAUAAGUCUUAUGUUCGACAGAGUGAUUAGGACCGGUUCUACAUCUAUUUAAGCCAAAACGUCCACAGAGACUCAGUUUCUCCACUGGUUGAACCCGUACAGGCGCGGUGCACGCACAGACUGCGCGCAAGCGCCACAACCUGGCACACUUGACCACGUUGUUCGCAGUUUGGCCGCCAUCUCCAACCACAAGCCACCACUUAAAGUUCGAUCCCUUCUGCUUCGCUGGCCCAAUCCCACCAAUAAUGAAAAGCAAUGAACGACGCCGCGUGGAAGUGGCAACCCCACAUCACUUUUCUUGUCUUCUCCCCAUGAGGAGAGCCCCACACUUCCAAGGCUGAGAUUCCAUUAGAGAGGAAAAGAUCUCUGGAUGGAGAACAAAACAAGUGGACUCUGUUGCAGCCAGAGUACUGAUUGAGCGAGCUGAAGAAGGAAAACCCAAAUGCUCAAGCUAAGCCUCCAGCGUUCGACAAGCUCAGGCUAUAGGAUGCACCGGCGAACGCCUCGCUCGAGCCAUAGGAUGCAGCCGCCAGUACAGGUCGCUGCAGGUGAUUAAGUACCACAAGGCCCUGAAGCCAUUUGGCAGGAUUUUCGUUAAGGCCACCUUGAAAGACGGUGCUGAUGGGGGAACGAGCAGCUUCCCGGGUCAGAGCUGGCAACCUGACGCCGAAAUCGGGGUCCCUUUCGAGCAAAGGCCGGUAAAUGAAUACUCCAACUUGAAAGAGUCGACCUUGUACUCGUGGGCGGAGCUGGGUACGGGGCCCUUUUUCCUUCGUCUUGGAGGGCUGUGGCUGGUAACUCUCACCGUUCUUGGAGGUCCGAUUGCAGCUGCAAGUUUCGAUCCAACAAAGGAUCCCUUCAGGUUCACACUGGCAGCCGGGACAGGAACGCUGUUCCUCGUUUCACUAAUUGUCUUAAGAAUUUAUCUGGGAUGGAGUUACGUUGGUGACAGACUUCUAUCUGCUGUAAUACCGUAUGAGGAGACGGGAUGGUAUGACGGCCAGAUGUGGGCGAAGCCACCGGAGGUUCUGGCUCGUGAUAGACUACUGGGCUCUUACAAGGUAAAACCCGUCAUCAAGAUGCUGAAACAAACUCUGGUGGGGACGGGAGCGUUACUGGUUGCAGGUGUGUCACUGUUCAUAUUUGCUACACCAGUAGAAGAUUUCUUCCAGACCACCUUUCUCAUGAGGGAAAGACGAUAUGACAAUCCAGCAACAGAAAUCAAUGGAAAAUAUAACCUAAGAAAAGAGGAGCUGCUUCAAUUACCUGGAGAAGUCAAGACUGACGAUGAUUUAGCAGCAGCUGCUGCCAAAGCUGCUGAUGGAAGACCAGCGUACUGCAGAGACAGAUAUUAUCGAGCAUUAGCUGGUGGGCAAUACUGCAAAUGGGAAGAUCUCCUGAAGUAAAAGGAGGGGAAUGAGGCACAGUUUUCCUCUAAACCCAAUAUUUUGUAACUAGCGCUUAGUGAAAUAAAAACUCAUGUUUCCGUAUUCUAAUUCAGCCAUUCGUUGGAAGAAGAAAAAAAAUGAUUCACAGUCGGAAAUAUG